AUGGGCAGAGCCAAAUUCGUGCUGCAGAAUGCAGCCUCUUUCCCUAUAGUGAGACAAGCAGCAAAGCAACCGCGGCCGGGGUCAUGCUCGGCUUGGAGUCUUCAUUCGCGAGCCCGGAUCCCGGCUUACGGGUUCAGUCUCCUCAUCGAUCCUGCUGCAUCGGCAAUCUCAGGCCACGGAUGCUGGACUCAGCCGUGGCGGCCCAAGAUACGCCAUCAGGCCACCGACCGUCGACGAUGGCAUCUACUGCUUGGCGCUUGGAUAACCGCUGGUGCAUAG